AUGGAUCCAGUUCUGAAUUUAAUUGUUGCGAAAAACCAAGCAUGUGAGAUUGAAAAUUCUAAGAUUCUGUUGCAUGAUGAACAUGCCAAUUUAAACAGCCCAUUUGAUGAUGGUGAUAAAAGUGUUGAUAUUAUUUCUUAUAGUGCAAUGUUUAGUCCAUGCAAGUCUAAUCUUCAACGAGAAUUUAGUGAAGAUGAUCGAAAGUUUGAGACUCAAAGAAGAGAUCCAAGAGACUCUCUGAAUGGAAAUGGAGUGAGACGAAGUCUCUUCCUCGAGUCAAAGGCAUUGCCUCAAAACUGGAUUACCAUUCCUCACGUCAGUGAAGAAUUAAAGCCCAGAAAGGACAUGCUAUUCUCAAGCCUUGAUGAUUGUUAUUUAAUGUAUGUUAAGUAUGCCAAGGAGUGUGGGUUUUUAGUCAGGAAAGGGACUACAAAGGCAAACUCUAAAGGUGUCUUACAUAUUAAGUAUUUCUUGUGUACUAGAGCUGGGGUAUAUAAGGACAAGAAGGUUGAUACGUUGGACCCCAAUCAAAAGGAGCAAGUAGUGCGAUCUAAGUUUUCAAAGAGGACUGAUUGUGGUGCACUGUUAUGUGUAGAAUUUGAGGAUGGAUUUUGGAAGGUGUAUAAGUUUGUCGAGGAGCACAAUCAUGAACUUGUUGAACGUCCUAAUAAGCAUUUUCUUCCAACUGAACGACACCUCACUCAGCUCCAGAAGCAUGUUCUACACAGCAUGUCUAAGCUGAAUUUGGGUCAUGUCAAGGCGUUUAAUGUUAUGAAGACUUGUUUUGGCGGUUCUGAAGACGUGGGCGGAAGCAAAGUUGAAUUUAAGAACUAUAAGAGAUACGCUAUGGUGUUCGUACCGUUCACUGGUAUAGACAAUCAUCACUGUAAUGUUACAUUUGGUGCAGCAUUGUUGGCGUCAGAAACUGCUGAUACGUAUAUUUGGUUGUUAAGAGUUUUUCUAAAAGUUGUUGGUUCUCAACCAAAAGUUUUUGUCACUGACCAAGAUCCAGCGAUGAAGAAGGCUAUUUCUGUUGUAUUUGUUGACACGAGGCAUCGGUUAUGCAUGUGGCAUGUGAUGCAUAAACUUUCUCUGAAGGUUGGUGUUAGGCUACGCAAUUCCACCAAUUUUAAAGAACGUAUAUGUGGUGUUGUGUGGACGGAUAUUCUCACACCUGAAGAGAUUGAAUCAGAAUGGGAAGCGGUUAUUGCAGAAUUCAGUUUAGAAGAUAAUGACUGGCUAUCUGAUAUUUUUGCACUUAGGGAAUCUUGGAUCCCUGCAUACUAUAGAAUGGAGCAUAUGUCUAGUCUUAUGCGAACGACAUCCAGGUCGGAGAGUGAGAAUCAUUUUUUUGGUCAAGUGUGCAAUUCGAAAGCUACUCUUGUUGAGUUCAUGACGCAUUAUGAAACUGCAAUAGAAGCACAGCGUCACACACAUCCUGAGCUUAUUGGAGUUGCGGAUUGCAUAAAUCAACUUUACGAAGAUCAGCCUGAUGGGUUUGUUAAGUUUUACGUAAAUGACUUCCAACAACUUUGUACAUCCUUAUUUGAGGUAAUGUUCCUUAAGUCUGAUUGCACAUGCAGUUGCUCAUGCAGACGUUUUGAACAGUUUGGUUUGCUAUGUAGACAUAUAUUCUAUGUUUUGAGACUUAUGGACAUUAUGGAAUUUCCAAAACAAUACAUUCUGAAUAGAUGGCGCAAAGAGACCUCCCCAAACUGCUCUCCUGAAUUCUCGAUUAGUCGUGAAUAUAUGACCGAGCUUGAUCCUGAUGUGCAAAGUAUGAUGCGAGAUAUUAUUUAUUCAACCGAAUACACUUUGAAUCGUUUAUCUGGCAACAAAGAGGAGCUAUCCGUAUACAAGGAUCAUGUUCAAUCUUAUAUGAAGAAGGUUCAAGAUAUGCAGAUUGUUGCUCCUCCCGCUAGUUCUAGGGAUAGAUUUGCCGAGAUAACUGGUCAAUAUAAAAACGACAAGAAUCCGAUAAGAGUCCCUGUAGGUUAUAAAUCCAAAGGUUCUGGUUCUUGGAAGCGCCUGAAAUCUAAACAGGAGAUAGCAAUCGACAAAAAGAAAUCAAAGUCGAAACCCGGGGCCAAAGAAAGACAGUGUCAGAACUGCAAAGCCUAUGGACACUACGCAUCAACAUGCAAACAGGCCGUAAUUAAAAGAAGAUCAACAAGGUCUUUGAGAGCCAGUGAAGAGUAG